GCGUCUAAUACCUAGAUACGAAGAAUCUCGUGAAGGCGACCUUCUUUCACUUCAAUGGCCAGCGCCUCCUCGAAAUGUCUUUGUCGUGAAAAAGGACCGUGUGCCGGCAGUAACGGAGUCAUUGAUUGAAUUUGCGAAUCAUGUAACGUCUACAUAUCCUUCUAUCGCCCUGAUAUUAGAAUCGAAGUCUGCGCAAGAAGUGCAUUCAAAUCUCUCGUUUCCUAUCUACUCAGCGCCCCCCAAAAGACUAGCCUCAUCCCUGCAUGGUAAGGCGGACCUCACAGUUACACUUGGAGGGGAUGGCACUAUCUUGCAUGCUUCUUCGCUAUUCGCUACAUGUUAUAAUGUACCCCCGGUGCUCUCAUUCAGUAUGGGUACACUGGGGUUCUUGAGCGAAUGGAGGUUCGAAGAAUAUAAACGCGCGUUUCGUGAGGUGUAUAUGUCCGGCGCGGGGGUCGGGGAUCGAGCUCCCGUAUUAGAAGCGUCAAGGUGCACUGUUCCGAAUGAUCAAACGGAUGCUGGCACCGGCCCUACUGGGUGGUCUUCGGUUCGUGGGAAAUCAAUGGGCUUGAGUCGCGGAGCUCGCAUUUUGAUGCGAAAUCGUCUAAAGGUCGGACUUUUUACCAGUGAUGGACAGCCUGUUCAGCAAGACCAGAAUUCAACGCCCGUGCAAGGUACUUUGAGCAGUCAGGGUGUGUAUGUAAUGAACGAAGUGCUGCUCCACCGUGGCAAAGAGCCGCAUCUCGCGGUGGUGGAUGUGUAUGUUGGAGGACGAUUCCUCACAGAGGCUGUGGCAGAUGGGAUCAUCAUCUCUACACCCACAGGCAGUACCGCAUACAGCCUGAGUAGCGGUGGCAGUAUUGUACAUCCCUUAGUGCCUUCGGUUUUACUGACCCCGAUUUGUGCUCGCAGCCUGAGCUUCCGACCUUUGGUUCUACCUUCCAGUACACCGAUUACACUGCGACUGAGUGAGAAGAAUCGAGGUCGGGAGUUGGAGAUGAGUAUUGAUGGGGUUAACGUGGGUCAAGGAAUGACAGUCGGUAUGGAGGUACGUGUAUGGAAUGAAGAGAUGCGGCACGGCAAAAAUGAAUGGCAGGGAGGAGUGCCAUGUGUGAUGCGGCGAAUCAGGGGUGGUGAAGCGCAUGACGGAUGGGUAGGCGGCUUGAAUGGGCUGCUCAAAUUCAACUACCCAUUUGGUGAAGAACCGUGAUGACCUAGCCAUAAUUUAUGGGUUUGAAAGAAUCCGCCCAGUCUACUACCUGUUCUUUCGUUGGCUAGGAAAUUGUUAAGAUUUCUUCACUCCUACUAAUGUCCUUAAUGUUAUAUAUAUUAUAUAUAUAUACAUCCUGAUAGAGCUUCUAAUUAGGUACUAUUACGUGG